AUGUCGCGAAUUCCGUCCAGGCAGGUCCCCACGUCGCCGGGUGCGCUUUCGCCAGACACCCAGCAUCCGACGUACUUUGCUCACCAGCCAACACCAACUGCUCAACCCCUAGCUGCCUAUCCUCCACCUCAAGCAGUGGCCCAACAUGACCUGUCCCGUGCCCCCUCGUCGAUGUCGACUGGUACCUCCGUAACAUCGGGGUCUUCAGGUAUAUCCACACAGACAGCCGCUACAAAUAUUACUCGCCCAUCUAGUUUUUCAUCUGAAAACCCGCAUUCACCAGAGCCUGAGCUCCACCAAGUGGGAACUGGCGAUACUCGUCCUGGCCCUGUACCACUUCAAGGAGAGGUAUCACCACCUACACGUUUUAGGCAGUCCGAUCCAGGGAAGGCAUCAGGGAUUAUCCAGGCAGGAGUUGAACAAGGUUCUGCUAGCACAGUCGUAGCUCGCCGACAAACGUUUCCUGGCCAGAGUACGACGGUAUCUGUGAGAGCGCGGCCUUUCACUCUUUCUCAACCCCCGCGAGGUAACCGAAGCGCCACACGGGGCUCCCAAGGACGGACGCUAUGGGGGCGCGAAGGACUUCCAGCUCGAUUGUAUGAUACUCGUUACGCACCCGGUGGUAGCCCACUGGCUAUCCCAUCGAACGUUUUGACCGGUGCACAUCAAGCACCAAGACUUUUAAGUGACACCAGUCAGUUUUCAAGGCCUGUUGUACCAGCAAUGAGACCUACUCACCACCCUAUACCUGAUCCCCGUCUCGUUCCCGGAGUUGCUCCAGCCCACCCGAUUCCUCUACAGAAUGUGGCUAGACCGUUAGAACCGAGUGGCGGUCUCAUGCCAAUGGCUUCCAGCCUUUCUUCUCAAAUUGCUAUCCCACUAAACCCUUUGAGUUCAUCUCUAACGCGAGAUGCAUUACUCGCACAUGCUCUCAAACUGUAUGAAAACCCAGGCUCUGGGGGCCAUCCUCCUAUCGGGGUCACCGCUCGGCCAAUCAACUCCAAGUCAAGCGAGCAGGAGCGUAUGGAUCCUAUGGAGAUUUACAGCAUCGAAUUGCUCCCUCUGCUUACUUCUCUGAGAGCUCUCCAUCCAACACAUUUACCUACCGCAUUGUUGCUCGCGUGCGUUCAGUACGCAUUGAAGGACUAUGACGGAAGUCUGAGGACAAGUCACGAGAUUCUGACCCUUGAUCCAAACUUUGUUGAGGCGAUGUCCAAUAUCGCAAUAACGCUUCGAGCAAUAGGUAAUUUGCAAGACGCAGAAUCCUGGUGGAGGCGUGCUGUUCAACUUCGUCCUUCAUAUUGGGAUGCUAUUGAUAACUUGAUUGGACUUCUCUGCAACCCUCCCCGAGCAACCAAUUCAAACAUGCCCCCAAGCAUAAGUCAGCCUCGAACGCGCCAAGCCCUGGACAUCUGUGAAUUCGUCUUGAAACAGACAGUUCCGGGACCUAUCAUACUCAGUAGCUGGUCUACUGGCUUGGUCCAGGAAGGCGAAUUCCACCGUCUCCAGAACGUCCUUUAUACCAGCGGUAAUCUCAAAUUCGUCCUAGCUGUCACUGAAGAACAACAUCCAGACCCAGACAAAGAGUCUUCUGGACUUCGAGAUCAGUUCGCAGCUGUCGAAUUAUUGCUCAACAGGCGGUUCCACGUUGCACCUGAAGCUGCUAGCAUUUAUUUGACUACGCAAGAUCUUCUCCUAGGUUUGGCUGUUUCAGCACUUUAUGUUACUGGGAACCUGCCUUCUAUUCCGGAGCUUGAAGCAAGCGUGAAGAACAACCCGCGCCUCGAUCUUCUAUACCACAUACACAAUACACAAUACGCCGUACUCGGCGCACUUGCCUCAAACAAUGUCCUACCAUUAGUGUUUAUCAAGCCCGAAAAUAUCUUCUCCAUGAUGACUUACUUAUUUCCUUCGACAAAAGGGCUAUUCCCUGGUGUCGUUGAUGAGGCCGGGAGCAACUUGGAUCUUGAAGCAAUUCCAGCAGUUCUCCCGGCCGGUGCGACCAAUGCUAGUAGAAUGACAGCAACCGUGCUACUUACUGUUGCAAAGUACCUCCAGGAGGCAGCAAGACGAGGUGAUACACUUCCGUACACACUUCCAUCAAAUGGUCACGAUGCUCCUACCAUUCGUGCCUCGCUCUCUUCGGCCUUAUUGCUCUAUUAUUGUGCACUAGCUCUUCAUCCUUCAGCAUCCGUAUGCAAUAACCUUGGUAUACUUUUGUCGACUUUGUUGGGUCUUAACGGACCUUCGUUGGCCCGUGCCUAUUACUACCAAGGAUUGGCUCUGGAUUCGAACCACCCUCAUUUAUUGACGAACAUAGGGUCCUUGUUGAAAGACGAAGGGAAACUGGAUGAAGCUAUUCUGAUGUACUCGCGCGCACUCGCAAUUAAACCAGAUUUUCAUGUCGCAUUGGCCAAUAUCGCCAACGCAACCAAGGACGCCGGCCGAAUUAUCGAAUCAAUCGAGUACUACAAGCGCGCUGUGCUUGCAAACCCUUACUUUCCCGAAUCUAUAGUCGGAUUGGCCGGGGUACUUGGAUCCAUCUGUGAUUGGCAAGGGCGCGGAGGGCUUAGUUCGGACGUGUACCUUGACGUAAGCGGCAAUAUUGUAGUGCUUGAAGAAGGUCAAUUGGAUUCUCGGCCUCCCGGAAUACUGGAUAAGAUACUGGAAAUAUGUGACUCGCAGAUCAUCAGCGCAUACUAUGCGAGUUCAGGGAUAAUAGCGUCGGAUCGUACCUUGGAACAAUGGAUGGAAAUUGUUGAAGCAUGUUUGGGGCCGUUCAGUACGCAGAGACGACAGCGCUGGGAGACUUGCCUUGGGAGGUUCUACAAACCUUUUGAUCGCGCUGAAAAGCGAGUGUAUGAGGCGGGUGCAGUUGUACGACUCAUCGAGAUGCUCUCAAGAGUGCUGCAAAGACGUUGGUACAUGGAUAGCUAUGGAUCUGGGGCGUAUCUCAAAGGAAAAACUCGAGAACUGGAUAGGUCCAAAUAUCGUCGGCCGAGGCUCCCUGCUGCAAUGGUUGCGCCCCUUUCGCUUUCCAUUCUCCCAUUUCACACCUUUACUCUCCCGCUCUCAACAAGGAGAAUUCGUAUUAUUUCUCAUCGACAUGCGAUCCGUACAUCAUAUCUAGCACUCAGUCAGGAUUGGCUACCCUCACAUAUAUAUCCUCCACCACCCCCACCCAACAAUGGCAGGUUUAAAGUGGCAUACAUUUCCAGUGAUUUCAACAACCACCCACUGGGGCAUUUAAUGCAAUCGGUUUUCCAGUUUCACAACAAAGAACUCUUUGAGGUCUAUUGCUACGCAACAGCCGCGUCUGAUGGGUCUAAUUAUCGAACUAGAAUAGAAACAAGCGCACAUCAUUUUCGGGAUGUUACCACUUGGUCUACACAGGCGAUCGUGGAGGACAUACAAAAUGAAGGAAUUCAUAUAUUGAUCAACCUCAACGGUUACACCAAGGGGGCACGGAAUGACAUAUUUGUCGUGAGACCAGCACCCAUUAUUAUAUCCCUGAUGGGUUUUGCCGGCACGAUGGCAUCAGGAUGGUCCGAUUAUAUUCUCGCCGACCUACAGUCUUGUCCCCCCCUUGGGAGCGCUUCAGAAAUCUGGCGCAGACGCCGUAGAGAGGAACAUGAAACGUCGCGAAUGCAGGAUCAUUUCGAAACAUUGUCACUCGAGCACGAUUUUGACAUUGAUCCCGAUCCUGAGUCUACGUCGGAAGAUUGGAUGUUUACCGAGAAACUCAUCACAUUCUUCGUUACGGAUCACAAGCAAUCAUUCCGUGAGGACGACCAGGAAAACGCACUCGCGCUGCGCGGACGUACCCCUACUAAUGAGCUCAUCUGGAAAUUUGAAGAGAUACGCAGACAUAAGUUGCGCAAAACCCUGUUUCCGGAUAUUCAUGAUGAUUGGAUUAUCUAUGCCAACUUUAACCAGCUCUACAAAGUCGACCCGGUAGUGUUCAAUUCUUGGCUUCGUAUUCUGAACCGAGCCCCCAAGAGCAUUUUGUGGCUGCUGCGUUUUCCUUCUCUAGCUGAAGGAAACCUACUUCGCUGUGCAGAAUUAUGGGCGGGUCCGGACGUAGCCAAGCGCAUCAGGUUUACAGACGUAGCGCCUAAGGAAGUUCAUGUUCGGCGGUGUCGCGUUGCUGAUUUAUUUCUGGACACUAUUGAGUGCGGUGCACAUACAGUUGCUACAGACGUACUGUGGGCAGGUACUCCGAUUAUCACAUGGCCAAGAUACGAAUAUAAGAUGUGUUCAAGGAUCGCUGCGAGCGUUGCUCAUGCAACCGGUUAUGGCCAUCGAAUGAUUGUGUCAAGCCUAAAAGAUUACGAGGACCGCGCCGUCGAUUUAGCAAAGAGUGUAAACUUUGUCGCAGCUUCCGAUGACCAAGGGGGGUGGUAUAGACAAUGCCGGGGGGCACUGUCUGAUUUGCGGCGAAGCCUAUACCUCAGCAGAGAUACCAUGCCACUCUUUGACACAGCUAGAUGGACGAGAAAUGUGGAGAGGGCAUAUGCAGAGGUCUGGCGCCGAUGGGAGACCGGAACAGAAUUUGAGGAAUCAGACGAAUGGCUAGCAUCUUCGGGAGAAGAAAAGGAGACUUCGUGCGUUUACGUCAGGGAGGAAUGA